AUGGAGAUAAAAACCACGGUGUUUGAUGACUGCAAGAAAGAAGGAGAAUGGAAGAUAAUGCUCUUAGAUGAAUUUACCACUAAGCUUUUGGCAUCAUGCUGCAAAAUGACAGAUCUUUUAGCAGAGGGUAUAACUGUGGUGGAGAAUAUAUAUAAGAAUCGUGAACCUGUCAGACAAAUGAAAGCUCUUUAUUUUAUCUCUCCAACAUCAAAGUCUGUAGAUUGCUUUUUACGUGAUUUUGCAAACAAGUCGGAGAGCAGAUAUAAAGCUGCAUAUAUAUACUUCACUGACUUUUGCCCUGAUAGUCUUUUUAACAAGAUUAAGGCUUCUUGCUCCAAGUCAGUAAGAAGAUGUAAAGAAAUAAAUAUUUCCUUCAUUCCACUUGAAUCUCAGGUGUAUACUCUUGAUGUACCAGAUGCGUUCUAUUAUUGUUACAGCCCAGACCCUAGUAAUGUAAACGAAAAAGAUGCCAUUAUGGAAGUGAUGGCUGAGCAGAUAGUUACAGUGUGUGCCACCCUGGAUGAAAAUCCUGGAGUAAGAUAUAAAAGCAAACCUUUAGAUAAUGCCAAUAAACUUGCACAGCUUGUUGAAAACAAACUUGAAAACUACUACAAGCUUGAUGAAAAGAGCCAAAUAAAGGGUAAAACUCAUUCCCAGCUCUUGAUAAUUGAUCGUGGCUUUGAUCCUGUGUCCACUGUCCUGCAUGAACUGACCUUUCAGGCAAUGGCAUAUGAUCUACUACCGAUUGAGAAUGAUACAUACAAGCAAACAUCACUUAGUGCUCUUACCCAACUGAUGAAAAAGAUGCCGCAUUUCCGUAAGCAGAUUACUAAGCAAGUUGUUCAUCUUAAUUUAGCAGAAGACUGCAUGAAUAAAUUCAAGCCUAAUAUAGAAAAACUCUGCAAAAGUGAGCAGGACCUGGCACUUGGAACUGAUGCAGAAGGACAGAAGGUGAAAGAUUCUAUGCGAGUACUCCUUCCAGUUCUGCUCAACAAAAACCAUGACAAUUACGACAAAAUAAGAGCAAUUCUACUUUAUAUCUUCGGUAUUAAUGGAACGACGGAAGAAAACUUGGAUAGGUUGGUCCAGAAUGUAAAGAUAGAAAAUGAGAGUGACAUGAUUCGUAACUGGAGUUACCUUGGCGUUCCCAUUGUCCCCCAAUCUCAACAGGUCAGAUCAUCAAGAAAGGAUCGAUCUGCAGAAGAAACUUUUCAGCUUUCUCGAUGGACACCUUUUAUCAAAGAUAUUAUGGAGGAUGCCAUUGAUAACAGAUUAGAUUCAAAAGAAUGGCCAUAUUGUUCCCAGUGUCCAGCAGUAUGGAAUGGCUCUGGAGCUGUGAGUGCUCGCCAGAAACCCAGAACUAAUUACUUAGAGGACCGAAAAAAUGGGUCAAAGCUGAUUAUUUUUGUAAUUGGAGGAAUUACAUAUUCUGAAAUGCGCUGUGCUUAUGAAGUUUCUCAGGCACAUAAAUCCUGCGAAGUAAUUAUUGGUUCUACGCAUAUUAUAACACCCAAAAAUCUGUUGGAUGAUAUAAAGAUGCUGAAUAAAUCCAAGGAUAAAAUCUCCUGUAUUAAAGAUGAAUAG